CCAAUCCCCACUCGCCAGUACCGAAUGAAGUGUCUUUGGAAGAUUUUUCCUUCCAGGAACUUUCACUCUAUUCGUGUUUUCUCUUCGUUAUUAUUUAUCAACCAAGCUUUGCCAAGAGGUAUUAUCCAAGUUAGGAUACGUUACGCCUGUGUAUCUACAAUGUCUUCAGAAAAGAAACCAUUUGAACGUCUUCCAAGAAGCGUGGUUCCCCGGCACUACGACCUCUCACUCACUCCGAAUCUAAAAGAAUUCACCUUUGCGGGACAGCAGACAGUACAAGUAGAGGUGAAAUCCUCAACAGAAAAAGUUGUGCUGAACUCUGUGGAUAUCAAAGUCAAUUCUGUGCAAUUUUCUUGUGAUGCUAUUAAUUUUAAUGCUCAAGAUAUUAGCUAUCAGAAAGAUGAUGAAACAGUCACAUUCACUUUCCCAUCCUCUCUUCCUCUUGGCAAUGGCAACCUGAAGUUGGACUUCACUGGUGAGCUGAAUGACAAAAUGAAAGGAUUUUAUCGCAGCAAAUACAUGGAUGGCGAACAAGAAAAGUACUGUGCUGUCACUCAGUUUGAGCCAACAGAUGCAAGGCGUGCAUUCCCUUGUUGGGAUGAGCCCUCUUGUAAAGCCACCUUUGAUGUUACUCUGGUUGUGCCACAAGACAGAGUUGCAUUAUCUAACAUGAAUGUCAUUGAAGAGAGAGCAGCUGAGGGGAACAACUCUCUCAAGGUUGUGAAGUAUGCACGCACACCAAUAAUGUCCACAUACCUCCUUGCAUUUGUGGUUGGUGAGUUUGAUUAUGUAGAGGGAUCUGACAGUGAUGGUGUUGCUGUGAGAGUUUACACACCGAAGGGUAAAAGUAUACAAGGCCAAUUUGCUUUAGAGGUUGCAGUCAAAACAUUACCAUUCUACAAGGACUACUUUGGCAUUAAGUACCCACUGCCCAAGAUGGACUUAAUUGCUAUUCCUGAUUUUGCAGCAGGUGCCAUGGAGAACUGGGGACUUGUUACUUACAGAGAAACAGCACUGCUCAUUGACCCCGAAAACUCUUCUUCUGCUACCAAACAGUGGGUGGCAUUGGUUGUUGGACAUGAGAUUGCACAUCAGUGGUUUGGAAACCUGGUCACUAUGGAAUGGUGGACUCAUCUUUGGCUAAAUGAAGGCUUUGCUUCCUGGAUCGAGUAUCUGUGCGUGGACCACUGCUUUCCUGAAUAUGAUAUCUGGACACAAUUUGUAACCUCAGACCUUGCACGAGCUCUUGAACUGGAUGCCCUCAAGAACAGUCACCCCAUUGAGGUGCCUGUGGGUCACCCUGCUGAGAUUGAUGAAAUAUUUGAUGCCAUUUCAUACAGCAAGGGUGCCUCAGUCAUUAGAAUGCUGCAUCAAUAUAUUGGAGAUAAGGAUUUCAGAGCUGGGUUAAAUCAAUAUCUUAACAAGUUCAAGUACAGCAAUGCAUCUACCGAUGAUUUGUGGGAUUAUCUAGGAGAAGCCAGUGGUAAGCCAGUGGCUAAAGUGAUGAAUUCCUGGACUAAGCAGAUGGGGUUCCCCGUGCUGACUGUCAAAGCAGAACAGAAGGGAAAUGAUAGAGAGCUGACCAUCACUCAGAAUAAAUUUUGCGCAGAUGGCUCUGCCACAGGCGCGGACCAGCGCUGGAAGGUCCCAGUAUGCAUCUCAACCUGUACAAGCCUUUCUGAGCCAGCUGUCAAGACAUUACUUGAGGCAGAUUCUUGCUCAGUGCAAGUCAGCGAUGUACAGCCACAUCAGUGGAUCAAGCUAAAUCCCGGUCAGGUAGGAUUUUACCGAGUCAAGUACUCUCCCGACAUGCUGGAACUGAUGCUCCCUGCCAUCAGUAACCUGACUCUUCCGCCCCGUGAUAGGCUUGGCUUGCAGAAUGACCUGUAUGCCCUGUCCCUUGCCGGUGUCGUGUCCUCAUGUGACUUCCUUAAGGUGGUCGAAGCUUUCAGCGCAGAGACCAACUACACUGUCUGGAAUGACCUGACCGUGAACCUGUCCAGUCUUGCUCUUGUCAUGCAGUACACUGACUGCUACGACAGCCUCAAGCGCUUCUGCCUUAAGCUUUACGAGCCUAUAUUCACCAAGCUUGGCUGGGAUGCAAAGCCGGGCGAAGGUCAUCUGGACGCGCUGCUGCGAGGCCUGGUCAUCGGGAGACUGGGCAAAUAUGGCCACGAGGCCACAGUAGCGGAAGCCAAGCGCAGAUUCGAAGCUCACUGCACCGGCAAAGCUGCAAUCCCUGCGGAUCUGAGAUCAGCGGUCUACAGCAUUGUACUGAAGCAUGGAGACGAGGCCAUGCUUAGCGCGGUGCAGAAACUGCUACGUGAGACGGACCUGCACGAGGAGCGCGUCCGACUCAUGAGAUGCAUGGGGAACGUUACGCAGCCCGAACUCAUUAGUAAAGUGCUUGACUUUGCCAUCUCGGAUGCGGUCCGCUCCCAGGAUACAGUGUUCGUCAUCGCUGGAGUAACGGGAAGCGUGGUGGGACGUGACCUCGCCUGGAAGUUUGUGCGUGACAACUGGGAAACGUUACAUGAGCGUUAUGAGGGAGGCUUCCUCCUCUCCAGACUGGUUAAGACAACGACGGAGAAUUUUGCAUCUGAGGAAAAAGUCAAAGAGGUUGAGGAGUUCUUCUCGAAGCACUCGGUGCCCGCAGCGGAGAGAACCAUCCAGCAAUCACUGGAAAACAUCCGUCUGAAUAUCGCAUGGCUGUCACGUGAUGCCGCACCCACUAAGGCCUGGCUGCAUAGCAAAGGCUUCUAAGCCUUCCCCCCCUCCCCAAGGACUGGUUGCACAUGGAGUUCUAUGGUAGAAAACCGAGAGAAUCUGGGACCAAAUUACCCUACAGCGAGCAUAGGGGUUUAAGCACAUCUCUAAUUUAAUUCUCGAACUUCGCUAUUUUUACCAACAUUGCCAUUAACUUGUCCAUUCUAAAACAGCAUUUCAUUGGGUAAAUAAAUUUGAACAAAUGUCC